ACUCCACUUCCUUGUUUUCAAGCAAGCCAGCUAAACAUCACAGCUUCCUCCCCCUCCCAACGAGAAUGGAAAUCAGACUGCAACAGUGCUGAAUAUUAAUUGAACUAGCUAUGUAAAGAGUCUCGUAGCUAGCUUAUAAAUUGAACGGAUCAUUCACUGUCAAAACAUAUCCUUGCUUAAACAGUGAAGCGGCUUUCAGGAGGCAAUGGGGGGGUUGGGUAAUGGUCGUCGAGGGGGGCGGUCUCCUCCUCUUAUGAUUGGUGCUCUGAUCGCUUGUGUCCUCGUCCUGGGUUUCAACUACUGGGUCUCGAACUCACGGAACUUGGAGUUACAGACAAAGCUGUAUGAGUUGGAAGCGCAGAUACGUCGGGCGGCGUCAGAGCGUGGGGCAGUGGAGGUGAAGAAGAACGAGUUCCAGGAAGAGAUUCAGCGGCUGAAAGAGGAGAGCAGCCGCAUGCAGAGCCUGAACAAGAGGCUGGAGGGAGUCCACAACACCUGUAGCCAGGAAAAGGCAAGCCAACUGAUAAAUAUAUCCUCCAGUACCAAAGUAAUACAGGACCUGAAAAGUCAGUUAAAUGAGCUAAAUGAGGACCUGGGUAAAGUUCAGAAAGAGUUCCAGAGUUGCCAAGGCAAUCUUAACACCCUGAACAAAAAACUCACCUAUGACAUGACUCAGUGUAACACUCAGAUACUAGCACAGAGGGAGGACUGUGCUGAAAAGGUGGCUGCAGCCAAGCGGGAAGUUCAAAAGAAACUGGAGAUGAAGAACCCAGCAGUGUCCUCCCAGACAAAUGCAGCACCCACACAGAAAAUUGGCUCCACUGAGGUGGGCGUGCCAGAUAAAGAGGGGCCUGGGAAGGCAGGGCUGGAUGACACUAAGACUACUCCUGUCCACGGCCACGCCCCUGAACCAUCAGCAGCCAAAGGUCCUGCAGUGGACCUCAAAACCUCAGAGCUGGAGACCAAUGAGAUCGCAGUAGACAAAGCUCUCGACACUCCUGCGCUAUCCCCUAAAGAGUCCCUGCCCUCCGCUGAUGCUAAGGGGGACCAACCGGGGCCUGUAGAGGGGGCCAGUAAGCCCCGGAAAAAUAACCUGACCGAGGACACGGAGCUGGAGGUGAUGGACACACAUGGAGGAGAGCCUCAGAUAGAGGAUGCCGACCCUGGUGCUGAUGACAUUCAGCUUAGCCAGUGGAAGGAAGAAGAGGCUCCUAUUGGUCAGGAGAAGGUGGAGGAUCCUGAGGAGGAUUACGACGCAGACAAGCCGAUAGUGGGCGGGGUCGACCCAGACCAACGGAACCAGAUGGCUGAGAACAUAGAUAAGGAGGCUGAACGGGAAAUGCAGGAAGAGCUGGCGGACUACAACGGAGACGACGAGAACGAAGGAGAGUUUGAGGCUGACAAACAGGCAGAGCUCGCUCAGUUCUGAGGUAACACACACACACAGUCUGUUUUAGUGAUAUACAUACAUCUAAUUUUUGGUCUUGUUAGGUGGUUGGAGAAAGGUGGGAGAGAAGACCCUCCUCAAUCCACUACCGAAUCAGGAAGGGACUUCAGCUCCUCAACAGAACUGUUGUCAAGACUACCGUCUGUGUAAGACUUCUGCUCUUUCAGUGAAAGCAUCUCACGGUUCGCCUUAAUAUACUCAAGUCUUCUGCAGUGAAUGUAUAUUUUGUCGGGAAAACAGACUUUGGAUUUCAGAACUGCUAUAACCAUGGGUGAAAUGACAGUUUGUGAUAACAUCCCAGAUCGUGCUGUUAGAGAACUGUACUCCGAUUCACACUAGUCUUGAUAAUGACUUAAUGUGCAGUUAGUUACACUUAGCAGUUCUUACAGUAGUUUCAUAAACCAAUAGAAAAUGAGAUGUCCUGCUGUAUGACAAUGUGAAUAAGGUUUUUGUUUCAUAAUUUGAUAUGUUGGCAGGGAUCAUUCAACCCUGCAUAGUCUAAGCUUGAUGGUCAUGUGUCCUGCUCAUCAUAGAAUAACUAUUUUGUAAAAGUGGCCUCUGUGCACCAGGCAGACCCACUACUGUAAAUGUUUCAGAUAUUAUUUAGUUUUUUUAUAGCCGACUCAAAUGGUAAUUAUGGUUGAACACAGGUUUGAUUUUUUUUCUAUUUAGAUUGUUACAAUGGAUUUGUUGCUUACUGAACUGUUAAAUAAUCUUUUUUUAUUGAGGGAAUGUAGCACAGAAGGAUGACAAAAUAAAUCAUUUUAAUACCAUA